UACACUUUCUCUGUGUGUUUUGGAGCAGACAAGUACCAAGAGUGUGUUCAGGGCUCUGGUCAGAACUACAGAGGCACAAAAUCUGUCACUAAGAGCGGCUCUCGCUGUCUCUCGUGGGACUCUCCUGCUGUCAAGCGUAAACUCAACAAUGCCUGGAGGUCUGAUGCAUUAGAGCUGGGGCUGGGCAGCCACAGCUUCUGCAGGAAUCCAGAUGGUGGCGGUCCAUGGUGUCACACCUACAAGAACAUGCAGCUGACCUGGGAGCUGUGUGACAUACCUAAAUGCCGUGAGUUCCCUUAUGUCCAUGGUUUAAUUUUGCAGCAGUGUAUAAAAGUCAUCAGCUACCUUUUAGAAGAGGAGGAACUACAACAACAUGCGGCCCAGCGUUUAGAUAACUCGCUGAAUCGCCCAGCGUUCCGCAUAUUUGGAGGCAGACAGAGCGACAUCACGGACCAGCCCUGGCAGGCGGCCAUUAACGUUUACCAGCCCCGUCGCAGACAGCAUUUCCACCGAUGUGGAGGGGUCCUCAUCGACUCCUGCUGGGUCCUGUCUGCUGCCCACUGCUUUGAGGAAAAAGAUAAAGCUGAUAGAUUGGAAGUGAUUUUGGGAAGAACGUUUCGGAAACAGAAUUCCAGCAGCGAGCAGAUUUUCAAGGUUGAGAAGUAUUGGAUCCAUGAGAAAUUUGACAAUGAAACGUUUGAUAAUGACAUCGCUCUCUUGAAGCUGAAGACGGAUGUUGGUAUCUGUGCUGUAAACUCUCCGGAGGUUCUUCCGGCGUGUCUGCCCGAACCUGGUCUGGUGCUGCCCAGCUGGACUGAGUGUGAGAUCUCAGGUUAUGGAAGAGACAAAGAAUUUUCUGCAGAGUACUCAGAGCGUGUUAAGAGAGGUUAUGUCCGCCUGUGGCCCAAUGAGCGCUGCGUCCCAGAAGUGCUGUCUGGACGCCCAAUUACCCCCAACAUGCUCUGUGCAGGUGACACCCGAGGCCUUGACGACGCCUGCAAGGGCGACUCUGGCGGCCCGCUCGUCUGUCGGAACAAUGACAGGAUGACUCUGAUGGGUGUGAUCAGCUGGGGCGACGGGUGCGGGCAGAGGGAUAAGCCUGGGGUCUACACCCGAGUCACCAAUUACAUCAGCUGGAUCAAUGGCAAAAUUAAGGCAAACCCAGUACUCUAAAGUAAGAGAGACUGCGAAGAAGGUGUUGUUGGAUAACCCUAACCCAUAAAUACAAUGGGAAAACCAGCAAAGGCAGAUGGUUUAUCAUUGAGAAGAUAGACAGAGAGGUCCACAGGACUCUUGUUUAAACUGACGGAGGUCUUAAACCAGCAGGAACACUCCACUACAGAGAUGCACAAGAAGGACCUUAGUCAUGAGUUUUAAUGCUCGAUGUAGCUCCAUGUUCUUCAGUUCUCUGUUCCUCACUUUGUCAAAUGGGAUAGUAUAUGUGGACAGAAACACAGACCAGACUCUAUUUUUCCUCCUUCUGGGCCAUCUUUAUCACAAUAAUAUUUUUUAAAAAAUCUUUUAAUGCAUACAAAGUUUUCAUGUGUUUUCUCUGUAUUGCCUCCAACAAACUGGAAAAAACAGGAAAUAUCAGUGUAGUCUUCCUCUAUCUGUGGCCGGUUUUAUGCUACAAAGACGUCACAGUGGUAGAGUUCAGGUCAGUAGCACUUUUAAUCCAGAAGAAUACUCAACACAGGCAUUUACUUUGCACAGUCCAGUAAGUCAUAGGAAUGUUUUUGCUACUCCAAAGGGGCAUUUUUUAGAAGGUUUCAUGCAAAGAUUAUGUUACAGGCUCGUCUUCUAGAUAUAAGGUGAUGUUGGCUCAAUUAGUUUUAAUGCAAAAUGUUCAUGCGUUUGCUACUUUGGGGCUUGAGGUGCUCCAGAACGCCUCACUCAAACCACAAAACGUAUCUGCUGGUUCAGAUUCAGCUCGUUUUUGCAGCUUUCUCUGCUCUUGCUCGCUGCUGUCUUGGAGAUGGGAGUAGCUCUGAACCUCUGAAACUCUGAACUCUGUUUAACAAACUCAUGUCUUGUUCCUUAAGCUUUGUUAUAGAGGGCGGGCUAAAUCUCACCUGUUCUCAAUUUUUUUUGUACCACAGCACUUCUCCACCAGACACCUGGGUUGAGCCCAGUAUGUAUAUAACAUUUUAACAUGUCUGAUUAUUGAUUUUAUAUUGAAAAUGACUGGGGACUGGUUUUUCUGUUCUACAUUAAAAUGCUUAUUGACUGCAAAGCUUAACAAACUCACUUUGAUGUGUGAUAGACUCUCAAAGACAUUGGAUUUUAGAUGUUUUGGGCUAAGUUAAUAUUUAUGUGUAUUUUAAAUUGCUUUGUAGAAUCUUUAAUAUGUUAUGUAUGUGUACUGUAGCUUGAUAAUUUAUUGUCACUGUCAUUAUAACCACAUUUUACAACAUACUCUUUUGUCAAUAAAUAAUAUUUGGAAUAAA